AUGACCAUCACCAGGACAGUGUUGACCUACCUCGAACAUGAGGUCGUCAACCCAGCCUCGAAAUUCGUCGAGAAAUACGCUUUCGAAAUGCCAAACGUCACCGACCUCGCAGACACCUACAAAGGCACUUGGUACCUUUCCCCCCGCCAGCAUACCAUCGAGUUUGUCUGCUAUAAUGUGUUGUUCUUUGUGCUCCUCCGGAUCGGGUUGCAGCUGUUCCGUAAGAAAGGAUCGGCAUUUUACAGCCCUCGGUUGGACCAACUCACGGAGAGCAUCAGCUCGAAUGUGCUGGCGGGACAUGUGAUGGACAAGGCCGUCUUGGUUCUCCUCUGCGGAUCAUACGCUCUCACCGUCUAUCACAAGGUCUUUGGCGAUAGCUACAUGUACCUCCUCCAGCCCUGUCACGUCAACCUGCUCUUGCUCAUUUUCACCAUGGUCGGACCCAAGGAGAGCAAGGUCACCCGCAUGGCCUUUAAUUCGUACCUGCACUACAUAUGGGCUACCAUCUUUGCCCUCUCCUUUCCCGACACUAGUGAGAACGGCCUCUACCUGGUCAUGGAGAACUUUUGGUUCGGCAUUGGUAAUACGAUUUCCCACUCCCUCUUAGAGCACUACUUGCUCCUGCUUGUCCCCAUUUAUCUGAUCUACACCAGGCGAUUCGUUGUCUUCCCUCUGUCGUUCUCCUACGCCGUCUUCUCCUACGCCCUCUUCUGUCUCUUUCACUCCUUUAUCCUCAGUGGAUUGGGGCUCUUGACCGGACACAACCUUAACUACAUGCUCGUCCCUCCCAACUCCCCACUGAUGCAUACGUUGGGCAAGUACUACAGACUGGUCAUCUACUCUGGCAUCUUUGUGUCAUGCCUGGUGUCGAGAUACAUCCUAGUCGAGGUCUUCUCGGUCGGAUUGAAGAUCAAGGAAUGGAACAAGCGCAAUGGACUCAUGCGCACCCAGGGCAUCCCUGAUAUCCAGAAGAUGGGCAUCAAGCUCGAGUAA